UAACAAUUCACCCUAAGUUUCAUCCUGUUAAUGGAACAUCGAAUUGCCCAACAAUAUUAGGGCGGACUCUGAUGAACUGUGUCGUUUCAUAGGUGAAAACCCGAAGUUUCUUUUUCUCUGCCAGAAUGGAAUCUCUCAAGCCCGCUGCCUGUCACUCUGUUUUUCGGCAUUGCCGCUGCAGCCGACGGCGCCUCUCACUCAAAGACCCUUCCAUUGAAAGACUCUGUUUUCUUAUAGAAAACCCAAAAAUCACCUUUCUCAGUUUUCUUCCCUUUUGAGAAAUUUGCUUUGGAUGGUGUUCGUUGUUGUUGGAAAAAUUUAGGAGGGUUGUUUCGUUGUUGUAUUUUUGGAUGGAAGAUUUCAGCGAUAUGGGGAAGGGGAACAACAAAAAGAAGAAUAAAGACAGGAUCAGCGAGUUAACUGAUGAGCUUCUUCUUAAAAUCAUGUCUUUCUUAAACACCAAGCACGCAGUCCAAACUUGUGUUUUGUCCAAGAGAUGGAAGACCCUCUGGGAAUCCCUCCCUUACCUUGACUUCAAUUACAAUACUUUCCCUUUCAAACGGAAAAUAGUUCACUUAGAUGACCCAGACCGAGGGGAGGUAGGUAUCAAGGUGCUUUCUUUGAGCAAUUUCAUCGGUCAAGUCCUUUUCCGGCGUUGUCCCAUUGACCUUGUCAAGGUUUGUGUCCAGUCUCCCAACUACAACCCGCAUGCUUCUGUCCUAGUCAGUUUGAUUUGUUACGCUGUUAAACACAACGUCCAACACCUCACCUUCCAGCUCACCUACAGAGGUGGUCUUCCAUUUUCCUUGCCCCAGAGUCUCUACACUUGUCAAUCAUUUGUGUUACGCAGUGAGAUUUAUGGUGGAUAUAGGUCGAUUUCGCGAUAG